AUGGUCAAGGCUAUCGCUGUUCUCAAAGGUGACUCUUCCGUCUCUGGUGUCAUCACCUUCACUCAAGAGAAAGAUGGUGCUCCAGUAACUGUAUCCGGUGACAUCAAAAACCUUUCUCCUAACGCCGAGAGAGGUUUCCACGUCCACGAGUUCGGAGAUAACUCCAACGGUUGUACUUCCGCCGGUCCCCACUUCAACCCUCACGGUAAGAACCACGGUGGUCCAGAUGCCUCUGAAAGACACCUUGGUGAUCUUGGUAACGUCAAGACCGACGGUUCCGGUACUGCCGCUGUCAGCAUCACUGACAAAUCCAUCUCUCUCUUUGGCCCUUACUCCAUCAUCGGACGAACCGUCGUUGUCCACGAGGGUACCGAUGACUUCGGUAAAGGUGGUCACCCAGACUCCCUCAAGACCGGUAACGCCGGUGGUAGAGCCGCUUGUGGUGUCAUGUGA